UGUAUGUGGAGGACAUGGUAAAGGCUGUACGAGGCUUUUCGUCGAAAGUAAAGCCCGCGGCCGUUACAACAUACCGUGUCUGUCUGAGCAGCUCUUGUGAACAAGGGACCACGUCGAUGGACACCAUCGUCGAUACGUUUAGCGACCAAGUGCACCUCCGCCAUUACAUCAUUGUUGGAAACAUGACACUUGUUCGAGGAAUUCUCACAAAGAUAAGAGACAGUAACAUGAUGACCUUCCACCGGGAUUUUGUCUGCGUUGUUACUGAAGCAAUCAAUGAGGAGUUUGAAGAGUUCGCUAAGACAUUCCCAGACGGCGCCAACGUUGUCGUUGCGUACGCUGAAGUCUCAGAAACGGACUGCCCCGUCGAGGAACACUGUCAGCUUCCAAUGGCAGUCGAGACUGUGGCCAAAACCAUUGGAGAUAAGCUUUCAAAGGGCACGUACAGGACAUCAGAGUUUUUGCUGACGAAGUACAUUUUCUCAAACACGUCAAAGACGCUGUUGCUGAACAGCAGCCAGUGCGGACAGUGCUCGCGCUUCACACUGAAGACGGUGGCGAAGCUGCGUGGCGAGCAGGUGCUGCUGGACGUCGGUCACUGGACGCUGGUGGCCGGCAUCCGCAUGGAGCGCAAGGACUUCUUUCCUGGCAUCAUCGGUGACCUGGGCGGCAUCAAGCUGAUCAUCGCCGUCAUCAACGACCCUCCCAUGUCUGUGGUUAAAACGUCCGCAGACAAAAAAGUUGUGACAAAUGUCACUGGCACGAUGGCCGAAAUGAUCGAGUCACUGGCCAAAGCACUGAACUUUACGUACGAGUGGCGGGUGCCAUCAGAAGAAAUUCCCGGAUCAUUUGAGAACGGCCAAUGGACUGGUUUGAUCGGGAUGCUUCACAGAAAGGAAGCCGACCUCGGAGCUUAUGGCUUUUCGGUAACAAAAGAGAGGUCCGAAGUAGUGAACUUCACGUCAGCAUACGACGAAUCACCGUACAAGAUUCUGGUACCGAAACCGAGGGCAAACUACAAGUACCUCUUUCUCGAUCCGUUCACCUGGGACACAUGGGUGGCCGUGCUUUUUUCGCUGCUACUCAUUGGACCCGUGCUGUGGGGUAUCCACUGCGCCAGCCCAUAUUAUGACUAUUACGGCCUCCGGAACGACAAGGGACUCUUCCUUUUACAAAACUGCGAAUGGUACUGCUUCGGCGCGAUCAUUCAACAAGGUGGCAUCCACCUGCCUGACGCUAUCUCGGGCCGCAUCCUGGUGGGCUUCUGGUGGCUGUUCGUCAUCGUCACGCUCACCACGUACAGUGGCAACCUAGUGGCGGACCUCACCUUCCCCAAGAUCCGGAACCCCGUGGACAACGUGGACAACCUCGUGGCGCACCGAGGGUACAUGCGAUGGGGCGCCUUCAAGGGACAGGCCGUCUUUGACCUGCUCAAGACCCAAGAGCGUGGGUCACUCAAGGUCCUGUCCGACAGGAUGAUGACGUUCGACAUAAAACAUGAAACGUGGGUGCUGGACCAAGUGCGCAUGGGAUACAUGGCGCUCAUCGGAAGCGAGGUCACCAUGUUCCACUACCUGGGCCGUGAGCUCAACCGCACAGCACGGUGUGACUUCGCUGUGGCCCGCGGCGAGGUUAUACGAGACGUGAAAUCUCUGGCCGUGCGCGUCGGCUUCCCGUUUCUCGACCGCCUCAACAACGAGCUUCGGCGGCUGGUCGAGUCCGGACUGGUGAUGCACUGGAAGCGCAAACACUGGCCACGGGACAACGAGUGCACCGUCGAGUCAAAGCCUCAAGCUGGCGACAUCCGCAAGAUCACGCUGCACCACAUGACGGGCUCCUUCUGGGUGCUGUGCGUCGGCUUCGCCUCCUCCUUCACGGCGCUCUUCAUCGAGUUCGUGCGCCGCAAGCGCGAGCUGACCGCGCCGCCGGGCCACAAGCCGCCCACGGUGAUACACACCAAGAGCCCCUUCUUCACGCGCACCGAGUACGCCGGAGGCAAAGAUAGCCUGGGCGACCGGUUCGCCACCGACUACGGGGGCCGCGGCAUACGGGACAACGCCGGGUUCGCGUUCAGCCCGCCCAACAGCCCGUUCCGCUACAACGGCUACCCGAACAACCGCAGCGACCUCAUCCCCUACAACUACCCGGCCAGGCGUUACUAACCCGCUGUUUUUUCGCCAUUGGUCUGUUCCAAGCAACAACAAGCAGUAUAAAGGGCAAAAAAAAAAAAAAAGUACGCGCACCAUGCCGCCAAUAUA